GGAUUUAUUGGCAAAUCGCUACCGUGACGUAUUUUCCGCCACGUGGUAUUGCCUCCAAACUCCCGCCCGGAACUACAACUUUGUUUUUGCGGCAGCUGCAGCACCGCGAGCAAACAAAUACACUCGUUUUAGCCUCGGCAUUUUCUCCUCGGUCAUGGCAGGGACAGACACAGCGGACUCGCACCUUGACGACUUCUUUGAAAACGAGGAGGAACUGGAGCAUGCUUUGUGCGUACUGGCAGGAAGUGACUCCGAAAACUGUUCUUAUCCCCGUGGCUAUGUGAAGAGGCAGGCGGUGUUUGCAUGCAACACGUGCACGCCCAAUGCAUCACAGCCUGCUGGCAUUUGCCUGGCGUGUGUCAACAAAUGUCAUGAUGGGCAUGACAUCUUCGAAUUGUACACUAAAAGAAAUUUUCGAUGUGAUUGUGGAAAUGGCAAAUUUGGGGAUUUCCAGUGUCAGCUCAUUCCGAUCAAAGAUGAGGAAAACGCAAAAAACCUUUACAAUCACAACUUCUUCGGCCGCUACUGCUCGUGCGACCGGCCAUUUCCUGACCAGGAGGAUAAGGUCAAUGAUGAGAUGAUUCAGUGUGUCAUCUGUGAGGAUUGGUUUCAUACCAGGCAUUUGCAGUGCGAAGUGGCGGAGAUGGAUGAGAUGGUAUGCGAGGACUGCAUGAACAAGGCUCCUUUUCUGUGGACAUACGCUGCUCACCAUUCAGCCGAGAUGCAGGAGGGUGAAAAUGGGAACGUAGAGGAAGUAGAAGAAAAUGAAGACAUUUUGGAGUCGAGUGAAAUUAGCCAUGAAGAACCUUCCACCAGUCUUGAGCAGAAGGAAAAGGAGCAGGAGGGAACGCCGACCAGGAGCUUUCCCUGUAAGCGGAGCUACGAUGACAUGACAGACUGCCCCAACGAGAUCAAAACGGUGGCUUGCAAGCUGAAGUAUUUUCAGACGCUGCAUGUGUCGACGCCUCAAAAGGGGGCGGUGUUCUGGCCUUCCAAGUGGCGCGCUCUGCUGUGCACCUGCACGAGCUGCAAGAGGGCUUAUGUAGCCUCACAUGUUCACUUCCUCAUGGACCUUUCUGAUUCGGUUCUGGCCUACGAGAGACGAGGCCUGAAUGAGCCGUUUGGGAAGCACCCGCUGAUGACGCUGACCAGUUCAAUGAACCGAGUCCAGCAGCUCGAGUUCAUUUAUGGUUGUAAUGAGAUGGCGACUGCAAUAACUGCAUUAUUUGACAAAUGUGCAGCAGAAAAAAAGGUAGUCACCACGGAAGCAGUGUAUGAGCUUUUCGAGGAGCUGCAGGCCAAAAAACAGCGCAGGACCAACACGGGCUACGAGUGACUGAAGCCGGGCCAUGCCGCAGUCCUGCGGUGGCGCUAAUGAAAACUGUGAAUGUGUUUCUUUUUCCCUUUGUUGGGG